AAUGAAGCACAAUUAACAACUCCCUAAUGCCCAUUUAAGAAAACAUUGGACAAGAUUUGUAAAGACAUAUUACAAUCAACCAGCUGCCAAGAGAAGAAGAUAAUAAAGAAGAUAAGCUAAUGCAUUAAGUAAAUAAUUAUUUUAUUAAUUCUCUAUAGGAGCUUCUCCAAGACCAGUUGAAUUACUUAGACCAGUUGUAAGAGGCCAAACAAUUAAAUAUAAUGGAGUUUAGAAAUUGGGAAGAGGAUUCUCACUUAUUGAAUUGAAAGAAGCAGGUCUUAAUGCUUAAGUCGCCAGAACUGUAGGAAUUGCAGUUGAUCACAGAAGAAGAAACAAUAGCUAAGAAGAAUUGGCAGUUAAUGUUAAAAGAAUUAAGGCAUAUUUAUCAAAAUUAGUCUUAUUCCCAAGAGUUGCUGGUAAACCAAAGAAUGGAGUUGUUAAAGACUCAGCAAAUGAUGUUAUUAAUAAAGCAUACACAUAGAAUACUAAUCCAGAGGUAUAUAUCAUAUAAAUACUUUUCAGGUUAUUACAUUCUAAAGAACUCCAAAGAGAGAGAAAGCCACAGUAAUCUCAAAAGAAUUAAGAUCUAAGAAUAUUUAUAGAAGAUUAAGAUAAGAAUGGUACAAUGCUAAAUUCGUUGGAGUUAAGGAAAAGAGAAAGUAAGCUAAAGAAACCAAGAAAUGAUU